AGUGAGCGAGGCGGGGGGGGGGAGCAGGCGAUCCGUGAAGGAGAAGCAGAAGCUCACACCGUGAGUGCAGAGAAAGACCCAGACCAGCAUGGUGCCCGUCACGCUCGGCCUGUACCUGCAGGUCCUCUUCUGCCAGGUCCUGCUGCAGUUCUCCGUCACAGAGAACAUCCUUCACCUUCCGGCAGCUUUCACACCCUUGGAUCAAAAAAAGAAAUUUGAGCCCUGCUGUCUCCUGGCUCCGCCCCCUCCGCCGCUGUUCCCGCCCCCUCCCGCAUUAUGGCAUAAACACAAUCACGUACAGAAUGGGAACCCCAUCAUACCUGGAGAAAUUAAGGAGGAUGAAAACAAGCCUCUGACCCCCACCUGUGGCCCAGGUCUCCCUGGCCCCCCCGGCCCCCCCGGCCCUCAGGGUCCCAGAGGACUUCCAGGAGAAAUGGGGAGGACAGGGGAAAAGGGAGACAUUGGCCAGCCGGGAUCAAAGGGUCAUACUGGUCCGCCAGGUCUCCCAGGACGACAGGGAUCAACGGGAAAGCCAGGACCAAUCGGACCCCAAGGUGAGAAGGGAGAUUCUGGAAUAGUGGGACUGCCGGGGGCACGAGGACCGAUCGGCCCCAAGGGUUUGCCCGGACACAAAGGAGAAAAGGGCUCUCAAGGUGAACGAGGCGAGGCUGGGAGAAAGGGGGACAAGGGUUCUGUCGGUUUUCCUGGAAUGCUGGGCCAGAAGGGUGAGAUGGGCCCAAAGGGAGAGCCUGGUUUUGGGGGUAACAGGGGACCCACGGGACGCCCAGGAAAGAGGGGCAAACAGGGCGAGAAAGGAGACGCCGGAGCCAAAGGUGUCAUGGGCGCCAUGGGUCCCCCUGGUCCCUUUGGUCACCCCGGCCCCCCCGGGCUGCCAGCAUCAGGACACUUCCUGGUGGGGGAGAAAGGAGAAAAGGGAAACCCUGGGGUACCUGGUCAGUGUGACUGCAAAACACCACUGAACAUCAACAGCCCCCCAUAUGAGGAUUAUGCACCACAACACAAUUACGUCCAAGUGCCAGCGAUAUUUGUCGUUAACAGCAAGGAUGAACUGGACCGUCUGCAGACUGACAACGCUCUCGCAUUCCGGAAAGAUCAGAGAUCUCUUUAUUUCAAAGAUGUCAAUGGAUGGCAGCCAAUACAGCCUCUAUCAUUCCAGCUAACGCCAUUCCAGUCCACUGAGAAGGAGCCCGACCCGGUCGGCGCGUGUGGUGACGGCAUGGUGCAGCCCCGGAACGGAGAGGACUGUGACGACGGCAACAAGGUCGUCACCGACAGCUGCGUCCGGUGCAAAAAGGCCUAUUGCGGCGACGGCUAUCGCCACGAGGGGGUUGAGGAGUGUGACGGGAAGGACUUCGGCUACCAGACAUGCCAGUCAUACCUGCCUGGGUCCUUUGGGCAGCUCAAGUGCACGGCGCACUGUUCGAUCGACUCGACAAACUGCAAAUACUUCACCUGAGACACCGAGCAAACAGAGCAGGGUAGUACACCCAGUGGACUGGCCCUGGUAACGGAUGCUAAGGGAAAUCACGGCAAACGAGAAACAAGCUAAUGAGACCCUUGAUUAAUAAACAGAAUACUACGCCUCCUCUGAGCUGCUGUACAAAUGGCCUCCACCAGUGGAGGCGUUUUAUUUAUUUAAUUUUUACCCAAUCACAGGAAACACACAGGACCACUACAGUCAGUCUUAACGAAUAAGCCAGGACAUCACUGCUCUGUCCCACCAGCUGUUUGGAUCUUGUCUACCAAUCAAGGACCGGCCCUGGAGGGAGGGUGGGAGCUCCAAGGGUCGUGUCCAAUGAAGGCGGGACCUGAUUGCUGCUGAGGACUGGUGGGGGCAGAGUUACAUUACCUCAACUUUAGCACUGUUAAAGAGGACAUUCAGGUUUUCCAGGAGACCGAUGACCGAAAAUCAGGGUACUGUUUGUUUCCACUACAAUAUGAAAGAGGUGUUGUAGCAUUUCAAGACCACUUAAUCACAGCAAAACAGAACAUAAGCUAGGUGUUUAUAAAGAUUCAGCAGAUUUAUUUCCAUGUUUGUAUCUAUGUUAAACUACAUGAUACAUAAUGAUGAUGAUGCUAUGAUCCGAAAGAGGAUUGUUUCAAUCAGAAUCGUUGGUUUGGGGGAACUUUUCCAACCAAACUGCUGAUUGGCCAGGGAAUGUCCUUCCAGGAAUAAAAGGAAAGUCAAAUGGUUCAGAUAGAAAAACAGUAGAAACAAUUGUGUAGUUGUGUGAUAAGGAGAGCAAGUCAGGCUACCCUGGUGCAGAAAGCGGAGAAUCGAGUGGACACUGCUGUGUACCUCCAGGCUCUCGCUGUGGUCAGGCCUCAGCAUCAACAAUUCCUACUCAUGAAACGACCAAGUAGAACUGUUUUUAGUUUUCAAUGGCAAUCUCACAGGAUUCAUUCUGAGAUCCGUUAGAAAGGAGCGCAAAGACCAUCAACGUAGAGAAGCUCGUUCAGGCAAUUUGUUUUGUUUUUUUCCAAGGAUAGAAAUGAAAAAUUCGACAACUUACCUUGUGUGAUUAAUGCUCUUAUUGUUAUUGUUUAUAGACAGCUAGAAGACUAUAUCAGUCUUUUGCUGUGUGUGUGUGGGGGGGGGGUUCCAUCUAGGCUGGCCAGUCGACCGGCUGCUUCCAUUCACUGCCAUCUUUCACAUGGUUUUUUAACGAAAUGCAGGUGUUGCUUUCAGGCAGGACUCCCUGCAAACUCCAGUAAUUAAAAUGAAAUGGCAAAUCCUGUCUGUUGUUUAUAACUCAAAUGCAUAUAUAUAUAUAUAAGCGUAUUUAUGUAUACCAGUAUAUGCAAGUAUAUAAAUCCUGCUUUCCGUCUUGCUUUCAUGCUCCCAGUAAAGGCAAGCUAAUUGAGAUGCAUUUAAGGAGAGUUGUUCCCCAGUUGCUGUAGGGUUGCGUUUGACUGUCACGUUGAGUCAAAUUUAACGUAUGUCGUUUAUGUCUUUUUCUAGUGCUGUGGUACAAUUGCAUGCCUGUAUGUUGUAAAUAUGAGACCGACGAGGGCUGGUCAUACGAAACUAAACACACAAACACGCACACACACACAUAUAUGUAAACAUAGUCCGACAUACCAUCAGUGCCAUGAUUCUGUGCUGGCGAGCCAAACUAUGAUAUAGGAAUGACAAAAAGACUUAAAAGUUGCUAUUUGCAAUUGAUGGAAACAAUGUUUACCCAUUGUAUGCAUGUUGAGCUCAAUAUUAUGUGAUUAGCGGCAGUCUGUUCUGCUCCAUAUGUGUCUAAUAUGAAUUUGUAUUGUGGACAAAUAAUAAAAGAAAAGACUGAA